GGUUCGUAUGAGCUCUGGAAGUGGCCAUAGCUUGACCGCUACAAUUCAAGAGAGGAUUUCUGAACAUCACAAGGAAAGGAGCAGUCAACCGUCACAUCGCAGUGCUGAUAGAUACACUGGGUCACAUACCUAGAAUGCCGAUAUCCAGAUUCAGUAUGGUGGUUCCAUGCCAUGUACUUCAGACCAGUGGAGGGGAGACAGGGUCUUACGAAUCACGCAGGGGUUCGGCGAGACACAGGAAUCCCUUGGGAAGUUUCGAAUGUCAUUUCACCAGUAAAUGCCCAGUGGCUAAGAGAAGCAAAGCUGAUACGCCAAAUAAAAACGAGGAACCAACAGAGGGGGAAGAGGUGAAUCAAGAAGACGAGGCAGGAAAGUGUGUGGUCGAAGACGUGAAUCUACAUGGCUCGGCCUGUUCACUCCAGGUCCACGGGAGCUUCAUUUCCCGGUCAGCUGCUUGCGCUGAUCACGAGACUUCCAGCUGCCUUUACCCGGAGGAUACUCGAGCAGAUCAAGAAUAUUUAUCUUCCCUCCUACCUCAAGAUAUACGAGAGGACCAAGAAAACGGAUCCAGCAUACCCGCAGAUCCAAACCAGCUGACCCACACUGAAGCACUUGAUGACCUCUCAGAUCAGGAGAAAUUGGCCUGCCCUCAAGGACCAGAUGCACGUGUUGAUGAAGAACAGCUGGCCAGCCUCCAAGGACCAGAUGCACGUUUUGAUGAAGAACAGCUAACCAGCCCCCAGGGACCAGAUACACUUGUUGAUGAAGAACAGCUGGACAGCCCUCAAGGACCAGAUGCACUUGUCGAUCAAGAACAGAUGGUCUACCAACAACAAGAUGCAAUUUUAGAUCAAAAACACUGGGGCUGCCCGCAUGAACAAAAGUCACUUAUAAAACAAGGGGAACUGACCUGCCCUCAAGGACAAGAUCCACUUGUAGAUCAAGAAAACCUGACCUGCCCUCAAGGUCAAGAUCCACGAGAGGACCAAGAAAACGGAUCCAGCAUACCCGCAGAUCCAAACCAGCUGACCUGCACUGAAGCACUUGAUGACCUCUCAGAUCAGGAGAAAUUGGCCUGCCCUCAAGGACCAGAUGCACUCUUUGAUGAAGAACAGCUGUCCAGCCCUCAAGGACCAGAUACACUUGUUGAUGAAGAACAGAUGGCCAGCCCUCAAGGACCAGAUACACUUAUUGAUGAAGAACAGAUGGCCAUCCCCCAAGGACCAGAUGCACUCUUUGAUGAAGAACAGAUGGCCAUCCCUCAAGGACCAGAUGCACUCUUUGAUGAAGAACAAAUGGCCAUCCCCCAAGGACCAGAUGCACGUGUUGAUGAAGAACAGAUGGGCAGCCCCCAAGGACCAGAUGCACGUGUUGAUGAAGAACAGAUGGCCAUCCCCCAAGGACCAGAUGCACGUGUUGAUGAAGAACAGAUGGCCAGCCCCCAAGGACCAGAUGCACGUGUUGAUGAAGAACAGAUGGCCAUCCCCCAAGGACCAGAUGCACUUGUUGAUGAAGAACAGAUGGCCAUCCCCCAAGGACCAGAGGCACUUGUCGAUCAAGAACAGAUGGCCAUCCCCCAAGGACCAGAUACACUGGCCUGCCCUCAAGGAAAAGAUCCACUUGUAAAUCAAGAACAGGUGGCAGGAAAACAACGAGAUGGUGCACGUGAAGAUCGUGAAAGUUUGGGUUACAGCUCUCGCCGCCGGGAACCACUGAAGCCUAACUCAAGCGGCCAGCAAACGUGGCUGAAUAUUGCUUAUGCUUUCGUGGGCUUGUGUAUUAUGACCUGCGCUGGAGAUCCACAGCAGCGCUGUAGGAAAGAUCAGAACUUGGUGCCUCUUCACGACAGCUUGUGCGACUGUGCUCCCGGAUGUCGAUACCUAGGAGAUACUUUCGAGAACUGCCGACGAGGGUUCUCGGAGGACAGUCUUUGUUUCUGUGAGGAAUGUCCGCCAGGACAGCUGCGUGAUAACAAUAACGAGUGCGUUCCACCUGGCUGGGAUAAGCCGGUAUCCACCUCGACACCCAAUUUAACCCAAGACAUCACCACAAAGCCGACUCUGGAUUUCCUUACUGAGCCUACCUGGAACACCAGCGGCGUGCCGGACGACAACAUGACGAAAUCGUCAGGUACAACCCAUAGGUUUGGGCUAGUGCCUGAUGGGCUGAUUAUCAUUUUUGUCUUCAUUGCAGCGUGUGCUCUCGUGAUUCUCUGUAAGUAUGAAAGGACAAGGAAUGCGCUCCGUAACUGUAAUCCGAUGUACAAACAAUUGUCCACUUAGGGUCUAGCUGGGUGCAUCUAAACAUACCUUAAUGUAUACUUUUCUGUCUCUGGUGGAUUUAGAAUCCAUGACAACGAAUGUGCUUCCUAAGAAAUUUUUCUCUACAUAUUGGAGUGUACAUGCUAAUAAACCGUUUAUAAUGUCUCAUAACAUCUCUCCAGAAAAAAAUAUUUUUUUUUUCAUAACGAAGGUGGCUUAUUCACCACCAUAAACACCAGUUUUGAUUAACUCUGGUGAAACAACCACAUUUAUCCAAUGAGACAUUGUCAAAGAUGUCACGAACAAAUGAUUUUGAAUGUGGCUUUGAAAGAUCUGAGAUUCUGCAUUUUUAUUCUUCGCUAAAAUGUACAGACUCACCGCUCUUUUUAUUCUUGCAGGCUU